AGGAUUUUUUAAUGGAAAUUAUAUGAGAAAAAAGAAAUUUAUGUAAUGUAUUUGUGCUAUGUUCCUUAAAAAAACGAAAAGAAUAUGUCAAUUAUUCAUACAAAAGAACUUUAAUACAUUUCGGGUUUGUAUUAUUGGAUCAGGCCCAGCAGGGUUUUAUACAGCAGAUAAAUUGUUAAAAAAUAUUCCAGGAUGUUUAGUAGAUAUGUAUGAAGCUUUUCCUUUUCCUUUUGGAUUGCUACGUUUGGGUGUAGCACCAGAUAAUUUUGAAAUAAAGAAUCUCAAGAACAAGUUUUCAAAGGUUGGUGAAUAUGAUGGAUUUCAUUUUAUUGGGAAUGUUCGUGUUGGAAAGGAUAUUUCUUUACUCCAGCUUAAACCUCAUUAUGAUUGUUUAGUUAUGGCCUAUGGUGCUUCUGAAGACCGUAAAUUGGGAUUGCAUUUGGAAGGUACUCUUCGAGGAAUAUAUUCUGCUCAAUCGUUUGUGGGAUGGUAUAAUGGACAUUAUGAAUAUCAAGAAUUAAAUCCGGAUUUAGAAUCUAGUGAUGUCGCUGUUAUUGUUGGUCAUGGAAAUGUGGCUCUAGAUAUUGCAAGAAUUUUGCUUAGUGAUCCUAAUGUUCUUUCAAAGACGGAUAUUACUAAAAGGGCAUUAGAGGGUCUUAGAAGAAGUAAAAUUAAGCAUGUAAAAAUUAUUGGACGCAGAGGUCCAUUACAGAUGUCUUUUACAAUAAAUGAACUUCGAAAGCUUAUGGAAUUAUCAAAUAUAUCCUUUUCUACGCCAAACUUGGAUUCAUAUAUUAAUCAAUAUGUAUUACCUGAAAAUCUUACACGAUCUCAAAAACGGCUUUUUGAUCUUUUAUUGAAAAAAAACAGUUUAAAGCCUGAUAUGACUAAUAGAUCAUGGUCUCUUGAAUUUUUACUUUCUCCAUGUAAAUUUAUAAAGGAUGAAUCAAAACUAAAUAUUUUAUCAAGUGUAUUAUUUGAAAAAAAUAUACUUAAAAAAUGUCCUAAUAAAAAUAUAUUAAAAGCUGUUGGUAUUGGAGAAACGGUUAAUAUAAAUACUAGUUGUUUAAUCCGUAGUAUUGGAUAUAAAGGUAUAGCAAUUGAAAAUUGCGGUGAUAUUGGCAUUCCCUUUGAUAGCGAUAGAGGCAUUAUUCCUAAUAUUUCCGGAAGAGUUUUAUCAGAUAGUGAGGGAAAAUUUGCUUAUGAGCUUCCUGGAAUAUAUACAAGUGGAUGGAUAAAAACGGGACCUGUAGGUGUGAUAACAAAUACUAUGUAUAGUGCUUUUGAGACAGCUAAUUCUAUUAUUGAAGAUUGGAAGAGUAAAAAACCGUUUUUAAAUUCUACUAGUAAAGAAUCUAGACAUGGAUUUAACGCUCUUUUGCCUUAUUUUAAAGAAAAAGGUAUUCGAUUUAUUCAAUGGAAAGAUUGGAAAAAACUUGAGGAUUUAGAAUUUAAAAAAGGAAAAGAACUAGGAAAAAUGAGAGAAAAAUUUGUAUCAAUAAAUGAAAUACUAAAGAUUUUGGAAUGA